AGAGAUUGUGUGACCUUCAUACUCAAAACUGCUUGUGAUGAAAGAACUUUGUAAACCAUCGGAAAUGACCAUUAUUUGCUAUCCACAUCCAGAGAAAGAACUGUGGGAAUGGAAAUGCAUUAGAAAAAAUACAUGAUCAACCACAUAGGGAGAUAGGGACGUGAUUAAGGGUUUUGAUGUUAAAGAAUCGCUCUACUGCAAAUAUGUAUAACAUGGAAAUAGGCUUUGAACAAUGAUACGUGAUAACUCAGUGGAUCUGCUUGUCAGAUUUGUGAGGGGGGAAAUCAUGAAUCAUGUAACCAUUGGAAAAUAUUCUAAAUUUAAAAAGAAAUGGCCAUUAUAGUGACUAUUUUAAAUAGCACAAUGUGUAGUUUGUUCCCUGGACUUAGUUCUGCCCUGCCCCCAAAGGGGAUGGAUGCACUUUUCCAUACGAUGAGGUUGAUGGAGCCCCUGGUGCCUGGGCAUUUGUCACCAGCAGCAUUCAUGGUUUCUGGGGUUUGAAGUUCCUGUCUGUAAUGUGGUCUCAGUCAGAUUACAAACACCCCGCCUUCUGUCUUCCUCUUCCCAGCGGCAAGCACAGACAGGGUCUUCUCAAAAGAAUCAUCUGAAAUAAGCAGCUACUAGUCAUGUCUGUCAAGAAUAAUGUAGUGGCCCACAGAGAGGAUUACUGAAGUUGGAACUGGUGGGGAAGGGCCUGCCUGACCAUGGCCUGGGUGCUGGAAUUGAUCCUUCUGUUGACUCCCUGUGGAUACCUAGCAAUAGCAUCCGUGAAUAACUUGACAGUCAAUCAAAGCCCUCCUAAGCUGUGUGGAGUGGAAGGAGGGUUUGUUGAAAUAACCUGUUCCUGGAUUGUGAGUCCUAAUGUGACACAGCUUCGAGUAGAAUGGAUAAAAGUCAAUGGUACCUAUCAGAUACCAACUGUCAUUAAUAGUACGGUAUAUAAAACGGAGACCAACCUCACCCCAGAAAUCAGGAAGGAAAAUCUGAAACUGGAAAAAUUGAAUACAAAUUAUUCUGGACAUUAUUUCUGUGAAAUAACCAUUGAAAAACCUACAUGGGUGCAAGGAAAAGGAAAUGGAACAUUUCUUACUGUGAAAGGAAAGAAUAAAGAAUCAGAAAAAUCAAAAGAAUCAAAAGAACAAUGGCCCUGGUGGGCUUUGGCCAUCUUUCUUCUCCUAACAGCAAGUGUCUACUUGAGCUAUACUUGCAAGAAACGAAAGAACUCAAGAAGAAUUGAUCCAGAAAGAACUGUUCAGGAAGAAGGAGAAGAGUCUGAGUAUAUAGAAAUGGAAAAAACACAUAAGGAAGAUGAAAGAGCACAAUCUGAUACAACAGAAUGGGCUGUUUCUGUCCUUUAUGAACCCAUGAAUUCUUUUGCUGUGAAGCCAAGUGAACAGAAUGGCAAUGACAUCUACACAUAUAUCUGCUCAGACACAUUACCAUAAUUGAAUCUAGAGCCAUCAGCCAUGGAGCCCAUGACUAGUACUGCCAAGGAUGUUUCAUCUCCAGUGGUGCUCUAGAAACUCCUAAAACUCCCAAAAAGUUCCUCAACAGAGAAGAACCCUGGAUCUCAUACCCAGAUGGAAUAAUUUCUCUUCAGCACACACCAAUGUGACCCAAUCCACCACUAAGACAAGAUAUGAGAAAACUAGUGUCAGAAGAAACGAAGAGUUGAAGUCCUAGGACAUCAUCUACUAAGCCUAAACCUUUCCAUUUUGCAUUUAGGAAAACUGAGGUUCAGAGAAAGAAAAUGACUUCCUUCACUUACCAUGGAUUCAAGAUCAGGACACAAGUCACCUUUCAAAAACCAUGAAUUCUGUCUUGAAUAUAUGCUAGAUUUUGGGCUUCCCCUAGUAGACUAGAACAUCUGGUACCUCUCAGGAAUGGUCAGAACCUACAGCUACCUCACCUUUGGCUGGGCUGGAGGUCCAGACGAAGCCAUGGAUAGGGACUGAACAUGUGAUUUCAUUGGUACAGGGAAACUCCAGGUGAGAAAACUCCUAAUGCAAGUGGUCAUCUUCUCUGAAACCUUAUCUCAGUGAGUUGCCUAAAAGGAGCACUGAGUCUCAUCUAGAGUCAAAUAAUAAGUAUGUGUCAGAGGCAGAAAUCAGAUUUUCUUGGUUCCAAAGUCAACUGUGCUAUGGAUAUUCCUCAUUAAAUGUUGCUAC